CUUGAAGCUCCUACAGAAUGCUUCUUCAACUUUUACACAGUCUUCCAGAUACACUGGACACUUCUACUCUCAUCUAUACCACCGUGUUUCUUCUCAUCCCUCCAGUGCUCAUCGUAAUCCUCAUUCAAAAUGGAGAUAUUUCAACUACACACCAAAAGCUGAAGCAUCUGCGAAGAAUUGGCCUCUCUACCAGCAACAUGACCGAUCAAUAUGACCCCAAAUACAACAUUUCAGAAGACAGUCCCAACACAAGCAAACCACGGAUCAAAGCAUUAUACAUCCACCCCGUCAAAUCAUGCGGGUACAUCGAAGUCAAUCAAGCCUUGCUCACCAAGACCGGGUUCAUGUAUGAUAGAUAUUUUUCAUUCGCGACGGAAGAGAACUCCGACUCGGGUCCGAAAUGGCGAUUCAUCAGCCAGCGCACGAAGCCGCUCAUGACGCAGAUUAAAACCGAGUUGUGGCUUCCGCAUGAGAGGAGUGAUGCCCUGGAUCCACUCGUUCAGGCUGGUGGGUGUAUACUUCUGACAUUCCCAGAUGUGGAUAUCCAUCAUUCAUGGAUGAGGCGGUUGGAGAUGCUCUACCAUACGGGGGACUUUUUCGCUACGCCUCAUAUAUCCUUCAUCGUCCCUCUUCAGCCAACACCAACUCAGAUCGACGAAUUCGGGUUAACACUGAAACAAUUCACCAUUCACAAGCGCACAACAACCGGUCUGGACAUGGGCAUCAUUCCCUCCGUGGCAGCAGCACUGCCGAAAUUAAAGACCUUUCUCAAAAUCCCACAUACCCAACGCCUUACUCUCUUCAAGACAACCCCAGACACACCCACCCGUACAGAAGGGAGUCUCGCACCCCUAGAAUACAUCGGCUCUCCAUCCGUCCAUGGCUAUACAGACCAGCAACCGAUUAAUAUCAACAGCUUGUCUUCAGUACAAGCUGUAUCAGCCCUCCUCCCGGACGAAAAUAAACCCCUCAACGCGCUGCGUUUUCGCGCAAAUAUAUGGAUUACAGGCGCGCCCGCAUACGCAGAAGAAAGCUGGACACGAUGCCGCAUUUUACCAAAACCCAGCAUUAGUACCGAUAAACAACGAGCUACAUUAGCCGUAGUCUGCCGCACAUCACGAUGUACAAUGCCCAAUGUGAACCCAGAUACUGGAAAAGUCGAUACAGAUAUCCCAUCUUCAGGAAAGAAAAGGGGAAAACCACAGCCGAGUACAACUUUGGUGAAGCACAGGAUGGUGGAGAGUGGGAAUCAAGCUGCGCUGGGGUAUAUAGGUGUACAUUGUGUUCCUGAGGAUAGUGGGUUGGGGGUGUAUGUCCACGUUGGGGAUGAGAUUGAGGUUCUUGGAUGAAAUAUAACUGUAUGGCAUUGAGGAAUUGAUAACCAGUGUAUAGAUAUCAUCAUCUUGCUUGAGAGUGGCUGAUUGGAUGAACGGCGUCGCUGCUUCCACCGACAGGAAGAUUGUCCCCACUCCGUGGACCCCGCCCCCGCGGUGGAGUGGGGAGACCAUAAACCCCGUUUGAUAAAAUAAUCAUAUUUUCUCUACUUU